GGUGGUGGGAGGGAGAUUGGCGGGCGGCAGGGGAGGUGUGCGCGUGUGGUGACAGCGAGCCCUGACAGCUCGCUCACACUGCGCGAGUCGCCACCAUUCAAUGAGGUCGCUUCGGAAUACCGCCCGAUGAUGAUGAUGGUGGUUCCCUUCUUCUAUUCACUCGGUCCAGCCAGGCUGCGCUGACGACGUCUAGCAGCUGCGAGGGAGCCGCCUCCAUCCCCGACUGCGUUAAUUUCCGUCCGCUUCUCUGCGUGUGUGUGUUUUGGACGAGAACAUUAAAAAAAUAAAGAUAGAUUAUAUUAAAAGGAGACAAACCCCUGCGUACCAACAAGAACGGAAGAAAUCGAGAAGCGAUACCAACAUCCCCGCAGCGUGCCGCGACAAUGGAUUACGGACAACACCGCCACCGCCGCUCUUCCACUGUGAUCCUCACCGCCUUCCUCGUUAUGUCUUUAGCAAAGGUGGCGCUGUGCACGGGAUACGUCGAGUUCCAACUCGUGUCGCUCGUCAACGCGCACGGGGAACUCCAAAGCGGGGAAUGUUGCGACGGCGAGAGGCCCCGAGCCGGCGCGGCUUGCCCGCAGCAGUGCCGCACGUUCGUGGCGCUGUGCCUGCGCCAGUACCAGCAGGCGUCCAGCCUGCUCAGCAAGAGCAGCCCCUGCGUGCUGGGCAAUGGCUCGACCCCCGUUAUCGGAGGGAAUAACUUCACCCUGCGCAGCAACGUCAGGGGCGAGAGCGCAGGGCGAAUCUCCAUCCCCUUCAAGUUUGCGUGGCCGAGGGCGUACACGCUGAUCCUGGAGGCGUUCGACAAGGACACCCAAGCUGCCGCGGCGGCAGCUGGUGGCGCCAGCGGCAGCAGCGGCGGCAACACGGGGUCCGGCACGCAGCUGAUCACGCGGGUCACCUACUCGGGCAUGAUCAACCCAGGCGACCAGUGGCACAACCACUCAGCGGUGGGCGCGCGCGCCGUCACAGUGGACUACCGUCUGCGGGUGAUGUGCGACGAGCACUACUUCAGCACCAACUGCACCAAGCUGUGCAAGCCGCGCGACGACUACUUCGGCCACUACGCGUGUGACUCCAACGGCAACAAGGUCUGCCUCGACGGCUGGACCGGCGGCGACUGCAAGAAAGCCAUUUGCAGACAAGGAUGCAGCACCGAGCACGGGCAGUGUGACAAUCCAGGGGAAUGCAAGUGCCAGUAUGGCUGGCAGGGCCAUUUCUGUGACCAGUGCAUCCCAUAUCCUGGCUGUGUACACGGCGGCUGCAGCAAGCCCUGGGAGUGUCGAUGCGACACCAACUGGGGUGGCCUGCUCUGCGACAAAGACCUCAACUACUGUGGCAACCACCAGCCGUGCCGCAAUGGCGGCAGCUGCUCCAACGCGCAGCCGGACAGCUACAAGUGCGACUGCCAGAAGGGCUACCACGGCGUGAACUGCGAGAUCGUUAACAACACGUGCGCCAACGGCGGCUCCAGUGUGGGGUCACCGUCGGGCUACAAGUGCCUCUGUGCCCCAGGAUGGACCGGAGCCAACUGCACUGAAGACAUUGACGAGUGCGCGUCGAGCCCUUGUGGUAACGGAGGGACCUGUCUCAACCUGGUGAACGGGUUCCGCUGCACUUGCCCUCCACAGUGGACAGGACACACCUGUCUAGUGGAUACGGACGAGUGCGAUGACAACCCUUGCGUUCACGCGCGCUCCUGCAAGAACCUUUUCGGAGGCUACUACUGCGGUUGCCUGCCCGGGUGGACUGGACAGAAUUGUGACAUUGAUGUCAAUGACUGUGAGGGGAAGUGCUUAAAUGGAGGAACAUGCAAGGACCUGGUGAACGAUUACAGCUGCGAGUGCAAGCCGGGCUACACGGGCAGACGUUGUGAGACGGAGGUGAACGAGUGUGCUUCGCACCCGUGCCUCAACGGCGGCCAGUGCAGAGACGCCAUCGAUUCCUACUACUGCGUUUGCAUGGACGGCUUUGCCGGCGACAGCUGUGAGCUGGACGUGGACCUCUGCGUCCCGAACCCAUGCCAGAACGGGGCCCGGUGUGUGAACCUCCCCAACGGCGACUACUUCUGCCACUGCUCGGAGAACUUUGAAGGAACAAAUUGCACCCUGCUGAAGGACCAUUGCCUCACCUCGCCCUGCCAGGUUAUCGACAGCUGCACGGUGGCCGUGCCCUCCAACACGUCGGAGAGCGGAGUGGCGCACGUCACCUCCACCGUGUGUGGCCCUAACGGACGCUGCCUCAGCCAGGCCGGUGGCAACUUUACCUGCAUGUGCAACUCCGGUUUCCGUGGAUCCUUCUGCCAUGAAAAUGUGAACGAUUGCGCGGAGGGCGCGUGUCACAAUGGAGGAACGUGUUUGGAUGGCAUCAACUCCUUCCAGUGCAUGUGCCCCGAUGGCUGGGAUGGCGAGUUCUGUGAGAACGAUGUUGAUGACUGCAGCAAUCACAACCCUUGCCUGAACGGAGGAACCUGUCACGACCUGGUCAAUGACUUCUCCUGCGAGUGCAAGAACGGCUGGAAAGGCAAGACCUGCCACUCAAAAAUCAGCCACUGUGACGAAGCGACGUGCAACAAUGGCGGGGAGUGCUUUGAUGUGGGAGACACGUUCAGAUGUUCCUGCCCUACAGGCUGGGAGGGCCCCACGUGCAACAUCGCCCAGAGCAUCGCGUGCAUGCCGAAUCCGUGCCAGAACGGAGCCACCUGCGUCAUCAGCGGAGACUCCUACAAGUGCAUCUGUCAGAGCGGAUGGGAGGGCGCCAACUGUACCCAGGAUAUCAACGAUUGCAGUUCUCACCCCUGCUACAAUGGCGGGACGUGCGUCGAUGGGACAAACUGGUACCGCUGUGAGUGCGCAGCUGGAUUCGCUGGACCUGACUGCAGAAUAAACAUCAAUGAGUGCCAGUCCAUGCCGUGUGCAAAGGACGCCACGUGCAUCGAUGAGAUUAACGGCUACCGGUGCAUGUGUCCCCUCGGCCGUGCGGGACGACACUGCCAUGACGUUGUACAGCCAACGCAACCAUGUGUGGCCAGCGGCAGGAAUCACUCCCAUGGGUCCAGCUGGAAGGAGGAAUGCAACAUGUGCCACUGCUCCAAUGGGAACAUCAAUUGCACAAAGGUGUGGUGCGGAAACAAGCUCUGCCUGCUGAGCCCUGCUGCGGCGUCCGCGGAGAGGGACGGGUGCCCCGCAGGGCUGUCGUGCCACGCGAUGCGUCACGAGUCCUGCCUCGCGGGAUCCUGCUUCCGCCAAGGGGAAUGCCUGCCCCAGACUUCCCCUCCGGCCUCCCUGUGCCAGCAGCAAGAGGAUGGAGCAAGCGGGGGCUGUGCUCACUUGAGACUCACCUUCGACAGGAGCCUCUUGGCCCCUAGCACCACGGUGGAACACAUUUGCAGAGAACUGCGCUACUUGGAAGCCAUCCACAACCUGUCCAGCAGCUUCCCCAUCUACAUCUUGUGUGAGAUGAUCGACAAGGAGCCGGACAAGAUCAGAGUUGCCAUCUCUUCCGACCGACAGUCGGGGCCACAGGGAGCACAGCUGGUGCAAGAGGUGGCGGCGCGGAUUGCAGACGCCAUCAAGCAGCGCAGAUCCGGAAGCAGCCGCCACUUGGCAGCUGUCACCAAUGCGGACUUCACGCAUUCCACUGCAGCAGAUAAUAUGGUGUUAAUCGUGAGCAGCGCGCUGGGCUUCCUGCUGCUGCUGGCCACGCUGCUCCUCUGCCUGUGCUGCAUGCGGAGAAGACGAAACCGCCGGUCACCUCACCUCGAUAAGGUGGACGACAAGGACAAGGUCACGGAGCCGCUCAACAAGGUCAUUAUCCACAACCCAAUCAGUGGCGGUGGUGGCGGCGGCGGCAGUCAGAACAACAAGCAGCUCGAGCAAAAUUUGUGCCGUGUGGGCAAAAUGCGGACACACAACAUCGAGCUGGAGGAAAUCGACAAGCUGGGAUUUAGCAGCAAUAAAGCGACGCUGGGCUAUGGCGCCGGAUCGUUGGCCACACCCGAGGAGCAACCGCUGAGGUCCAAGUUGAAUGUGAACAGACCUGCGUACACAUGGACGACACAGGUGGAAGUAUAGUCCUAUACUGCACUGGCGAAACAGACUUUGGUGUCGUGAGCAGCAGCAGCAACAGCAGCAGCAGUUACACGGACAUUGAUAACUGGACAAAAAUGCGUGCUGUGCCUUUUUUUUUACGGAAUUACGGACAGUCAAGGGCUGUCGCUUCUGCUCUUUAUUCACUUUUUAUGUGAACUUUGCAGGUUAUUCAUUGUCAAUGUCAACGUAGUUGUUGUACCAUGCACGUGCCCCAUCGAGCAUGUGCCCUGCAACGUCUACAGAAAAACUCAAGCAAGUGAACAACUGUCGUGAGCGUAGUGGAGUGGAUUUAGACCGUGGAAGAGAAAUAAAAAAAAAAUAAGAGGAAAGGUUGUGCUUGAUGUUGCGCAGUCGAUGUUACCAUUUUUGUGCUCCUUGGCAGCUUCUGAGAAUGCCUUUUUUGAAAGAAGUACACACACACACACCACGCACGCGUGCUGCUUGCUAUGCAAUCAAGUGGGAGAUAAAAAAAAUAUUGGAGAGAAAAAAUCACAAAAAAAUAUACAAAAUGUUAAAGUGAAAAAAAAGAGGACAGAAUGCCCAGAAAACACUGAAGUCUUGCAGAAGACAAGAAGGAUGCUUACUCCAUGUUUACAUGAUGGGCAGGAUGUAUUUUUUCAAUCUAGCAAAGCUGAAUAUAUACACCAUAGCUAGGCUACUGAACUAAGAUAUAAUACAGAGACUAUCCGUCUCACACUGCACUGGUUAUUAUUAUAUUGUUACGUUAGGAUGUUUGAACUGUUAACCUUGGUAACUUAUUUUUUGUGCUUUUUUAAAUAAAUAUAUAAUGAAUAAAAUUACACACAUGUCUAUAUAUAUCUCUCAAUGUACGCAUAUGCAUAUGGGUUAUGAAUGAUAUGACUCGACUUGCGGCAUAGGCUUAGAGUGAGUCACAGUCCGUUUGCCAAUUGAGGCCCCUUUAUCAUCAUUUUUUUCUGCUCAGCAUUUUUCUUCAUGGGACAUUGACAUCGAAGUUACAUUUUGUAGGAAGCCUCAAAGCUCCGACUGGGUAGUCAGGAAGUGCCUUUUAGGUGACCUUUUUGCUGUGUCUGUUGUGGGUUGUAUGCGUUGAUUGACGAUAGACUGGAAAACCCUACCUGGAAAAGGUGUGCGCAAAGCGCAGACAGGCGUUGGUGUUGUUGUAUCAUAACAUAAUCAAAAUCACGAUGGCUCGAUGUAAAUACUCGAUGUAUAUUUUAGAUCGCUGUAUAUUGAUAACUAAAUGUUAAUCUUGAAACCUGCAUUCCUUUUAUUUAUUUAUAUGUCACAUAAUUGGAUGUAUUGGGAAAUCUUUACUAUAUUGUUGUGUAUUAUUGGAAUAAUAUUUUUUUUUUGGGGGGGGGGAGGUGGAGACAAGGGUUGGGGGGCUUUUAAUUGGCUGUUGUGUUUAAUGUAGAGCAUGGAAUGUUAUUAAUAACUGUAGUCUGAAAACAAGGGUCUUCAUGCUGUCUUCUCUGUGCCUUCAUGCCCUGUGCCUCGCAUGACCUAGCACAUCUUCUCGCUUUUCGCUUGCAAAGUAACUAUCACUUACGAGACUCGAUGGCAUUCGGGGAAAAACAUCCGCACCGACUCUUCAGCUGACUAUUACAGUAUAAGAAUUGAGUGGCAUCGAAAGUCGUCGUAUUUUUUAUCUUGGAAUUAAUCAGAGUUUGUCAAGAGUUAUUGGGCAGGAUUAGGGCAGAAUGUAUUUUUUGAUAUCUUGAGAGCAAAGUGAUAUCAAAUUCUCUCAUAUCAUGAAUUCGGUCCGUGUAAUUGAUGCAACAACAACAAAGAGUGUAGAUUGUGUCCGCAAGUUAUAGCAUUAAGAAUUUGCAGCAUUUGAGCAAACUGUCUUGGUGUUCCGAUUCAUGAUAUUAACAAGCUAUGUCAAAUACACUUAACAAACUAGUAUAUGGUAAAUGCUGUAUUAGCCCGCCAUCCACACUUUAGACCGCUCUGCUUCUUAGCAAACUACUGCACUUAACUUCCUUUGCAUUGUAUACAGUAACUUCAUGCAAUGUAAUGCUACUAUAAAUAAAUUAAUCGACAAAGGAUGGUGAAUUUUAAAUUAUUCUGGCAUUUAAAAAAAAUAUUAAUAUUAAAGGUGUUUAGUGUUUUUUAUAUUACCGUAUUAUUAUUGAAUCGAAAAUGCGUGUGGAAAAUGGCGACGUUAUGUCAUUGUUGAUACAUCGGCUGGGAUUAAUUAACCCUUUUUGUAAAAUGUUAUUUACUAUUAUUAUUACUAUCCAUAGGGUUUCUGUUCAAUAAAAUAAGAGGCUAUAAACAUUGGCCAAAAUCACCAAUAUACAGUUAACAGAGACAUCGGCAUAGAUUCAUUCUUGUGCCUCAUAUAUAUUGAUUCUAGGUCUGGUGAUGUGUAUUGCUAUUGCAUCUUGUAUUCAAAAGCAAGUCCUGUUGCAGAGAUGUAAUAAUAAUUAUAAUACCAGGUAGAGCCUCACUGAGUCUCAAGACUCACCUUCAGGAGGGUCUUCCAUUGGGUAGUUUGACCAGUUCCAUUAAUUAUUGUUUCGCAUUUAAGAGGACACCAGGCUAUAACCAGAGUAAACCCAUGCAUACGAGUGAAUAGCAUUCAAAGCUCCACACAGAUUCAUUCGACAGACAAACCCAACUCAUUGAAUCUCCAUUCCUGCCCAUACCGAUAUCACUUUGUGUGAUAUCAUGAUGGUGACCCAUUCAAGAAAUAGCCAGGCUUGGUCCUUCCAUAAAUAUAAGGCUGCAAAAUGUCCAUAUUCUUUCAAUUUCUGUCACCUGCUAUCAUCACGAAGGAAUGCUCACCAUUCUCCACUGAAUGCCUGAAUUGGAUGCAGACGUCAACUCGCAGAAACACUCACCUAGCAUUAUUCUGGUUCAUAUCGUUUUCCAAUUAACGUGACAUGUAGACAUGUGUACCAAAUAUGUUUGUUAAUCGCCUUUUUAUACGUAAUCACUACAUGCUUUCAUCCACUUAUGAGAUCCCACGUGCAUGACGUUGAGCAGAUAGUGGUGUGUUUUGUCCAUAUUUAUUUUUUUCCUGCAUGGAAUUCAAUGGAUUGAAAAUUAAGGAGAAGAGCAAGACCUGUGAUGCAUUGUUUUAAAGUGGCUGUAUCGUUUGAAGCAGGGCCCCAACAGCAUUCGGGAAAACACAGUGCCCAAUGAUCUCUAUGCAAAAAAGCACGGCAAACCGUUCAAUUAGCCCACAGAGAAACGUCCAAUGUGAGUUCCAAGUUUUGUUUCAUUUUAAUGGAACUGGUGCAGAAAUGCCAAUGAUCAUUGCGAUUAACCACUAACAACGAUGAUGUAUCGCUCCCUAUCGGCUACACCUGUAAAGUGGUAUUUUAAAAGUUCGGAAAUCGGAUCGAUAUUUAUGGAUCUGGAAUGUUGCAAAAUGUCAUGUUUAAAUGGGUGCAGGAGAUGUGAAAUUCUGUUGAGCUUCUCCAUGUAACAUAGGAGUGGCUACUUGGCAUAUUUUUUUAGCUUCCAAUAAUGAUUGAGUUUCAUCGUGGAAACUAUAAAUAACAAAAUGAUUAAGCAGAUUUUGCUCCUCAUAUCUGUCUCCUGACGUAUUUUUGUUUUACAUGACAUCAGCCACAUGGCUGAUUUGGGAGUGCAUAAUUAAAUUAGUAUUGGAUUAAUACAAGCAAAACUCUGGACCAGUUAUGACGUUUCACUGUCUCCUCAGCAGUCAGACUUGCUUCGACCAAUGCUGAAUAACCUGAACUGCGCAUUUUUAUAAGACAAUGACCGUUUUUGCUAAAAAUGGGUCCCGGUUUGAUGCAGAAUUCUUAUAAUACACAGCACAAAAUAAUCAUUGAGGUUAUUGAUCAUUUGGCGUUGUGACGUGCUCAUAGCAUCGUGUGCAUCUGGAGGAAAAGCACUGAUGUAUAAAACUUAGCCAAUUUUUUUUAAAGGUGAAAACACGAGGGUUGAACUGCAUUAGUGGGACCGUCUGGUUCAUCUCAUGAACUCCGCGGAAAACGUAUUCUCGUAAAGCUGUUGUCAGUCCACGGACUUCUGCUAGAUAAGGUAGAUGGAGCAUAGAUUAUUCUCGAUCACUUGUGUUGUUGACAUGCAGAGAUUUCCCCCCCCCCACCCCCUCCGCGUGUAUAUUGAGACUGAUGUGUUAUUUUUUUAUGGUAUAUCGCAUCUUACGUCACUUAGGAAUGAUUCCAACAUUGAGCAUCAUUAAAGUAUUUUGUAUCCAACGAA